AUGGAGAUAUUACCAAACGAUGCCAGAGCUCGAAGAUUAUUUGUCACAACAGGUGCUUUAAAAAGAGUGCAGGAAAUUGAUUCAGUACCGGGAUCAUCAUUAAAAGAGUACAUAAACAUUAUAAACAGUUGCUUCCCGGAGGAAAUCGUUAGGUACUACACCCCGGGCUACUCAGACUCAUUGCUAGACAGAGUGGAAGCAUAUACACCCCAGGUGCCAGAACUCUUUACAGACAGAGUACCUAGUGAUUGCCAAAGUGAACUUACUAUAGAAAAUACAAAUUAA